CGUUGGCAAGAGGAGGUGGAGUAAAAUCUGAAGCAGGAAAAGCAGCUCGAUGCGUCUGUCUAUCAGUUGAGACUGUCUGAAAGCUCUGCGAUCCGAAUGUGUGUUAUAUUUCACUGAAAAGAGGAGCGAGCGAGAGUGCAUCUCCCUCUCUCCCAGGAGUUUGGGGGGGGGGACAGUCCGCGCUCAGCUCGCCCACCCAGCGAAUGUCUGCGCUUCACCCCUUUGCACACACUCUCCGGGUUGUUGGUGGUGUUUGGUGUUUCUUUUUGGAGGGGGGGCUUUUUGUGUAUUUUGAAACAUUUUCUGUUGGACAUCAAGACCAGCCACGAACCCAUGAUAAACAUGUGUUUGCGUUGUAUUUAGUCUCGGAAGAAGCGGCGAUCUUGGAGGACAAGCCCCCCGGGAAGAGCGAGGCAGAAAGUGGCGCUCCGGCCGUGUGCCACUGCCUGAUCUGUGACUGUUUGGAAGGUGGCGCGGCGCUGACAUCUCCCAUCCGGUGCGUGUCUGUACGGGCUUCACUCCUCUUUCUUGUUUGCUUUCUUCCUCUUAGACUAAGUGCUGGGAGGAAGAGGACAGCCGGGAGCGGCCUCGCGCGCGCACAAUGAGAAAGCCCCUCUCGGCGCAGUGAGAAGCCGCCCCGCGCCCCCGGAGCCACCGCCGCCGCCGAGCGGGGGAGAAAGUUGCGCUCGGAGACUCUUUGAUCGCGGAGCCCGGCGGAGGGGGAGCGCCUGGACCCCCGGCGCGCCCCGGAGAAGCGCCCGCGGAGAGGGCGGCCCAGCCGGCAGGAUGGAGCGCGGCCCGCGGGCCGGCCCGCCGCGCGCGUGCGGCGCCCUCGCCCCGCUCCGGGGAUGACUCUCCUUUCCGGUCCGAGGCCGGCCCGCGCGCCCCGUGUGCAGGACGCGGCCCGCGCCGCCGCCGGCCCCUGAGCGCCCGCCGGGCGCGCCGUCCAUGCGAGCCAGCCCCCGGAGCCCGCGCGGGGCGGCGGCGCGGCGAGGCCCCCAGCGCCCGGAGCCCGCGGGCAGGAGGCCGCCCGGCCCGGCCCCGCCGAACUUGGCCGCCGCCGCCGCCCCGCGCGCCGUGCGUCCGGCCCUCGCGCGCCCCAGCGGCCGAAGGCGCCCCGCGCACCCCGGCGCCGAGCGGCGGAGAGGCGGCGGCGGAGGCGGCCCGAGCAGCAUGCCGAGGAGGAAGCAGCAGGCUCCCCGGCGCUCGGCAGCUUAUGUUCCUAAGGAAGAACUGAAGGCUGCGGAGACCGAUGAGGAAACCGUGGAGGAGGGUGAGCUGUCUUUGGGCCUUCAGGAAGGCGAGUUUCUGUGCAAUGAAGAGGCAGAGACCAAGGAGGCUCAGAGCUUCCAGAACUCACCGGUCAGCACCGCCACGAACCAGGACGCCGGCUACGCAUCGCCCUUCAGCGAGAGCAGUGACCAGCCGGCGCGCUUCAAGACCCCCGCCUCCCGGGAGGAGAAGGAGGACCCCCCGGGCGCCGAGAGCGUCUCCUACCCCCAGGACAGCUUGGCACAAAUCAAAGCCGUGUACGCAAACCUGUUCUCCGAGUCCUGCUGGUCCAGCCUGGCUCUGGACUUGAAGAAACCCGGCUCCACCACCAGCCACAGCGAUGCCGGCCCGAAGGAGAGCACGCCCCCCACGCCGCCCGCCGCCGCCACCCCCGCCGCGGCCCCCGCGAGCACGCCCAGCACCAGCAGCAGCACGGGCCACAGCGCCAGCACCAGCAGCAGUGGCAGCGGCUCGGGCUACGACUGGCACCAGGCCGCCCUCGCCAAGACGCUGCAGCAGACCACGUCCUACGGGCUGCUGCCCGAGCCCAGCCUCUUCAGCACCGUGCAGCUCUACCGGCAGAACAACAAGCUCUACGGCUCCGUGUUCACGGGCGCCAGCAAGUUCCGCUGCAAGGACUGCAGCGCCGCGUACGAGACGCUGGUGGAGCUGACGGUGCACAUGAACGAGACGGGGCACUACCGGGACGACAACAGAGACAAGGACUCGGAGAAGACGAAGCGGUGGUCGAAGCCCCGAAAGCGCUCCCUGAUGGAGAUGGAGGGCAAGGAGGACGCCCAGAAAGUGCUCAAGUGCAUGUACUGCGGGCACUCCUUCGAGUCACUGCAGGACCUCAGUGUCCACAUGAUCAAAACCAAGCAUUAUCAGAAAGUGCCUCUGAAGGAGCCAGUGCCGGCCAUUGCCAAACUGGUCCCUUCCACCAAAAAGCGAGCCCUGCAGGACCUGGCCUCGCCCUGCUCCCCCGAGCCGGCCGGCCUGGCUGCCGCCGAGGUGGUGCUGGGCGAGUCAGCCAAGGACCAGAAGGCGGCGAACCCCUACGUCACCCCCAACAACCGCUAUGGCUACCAGAACGGUGCCAGCUACACCUGGCAGUUUGAGGCCCGCAAGGCGCAGAUCCUGAAGUGCAUGGAGUGUGGCAGCUCCCAUGACACCUUGCAGCAGCUCACUGCACACAUGAUGGUCACCGGGCACUUCCUGAAGGUCACCACCUCGGCCUCCAAGAAAGGCAAGCAGCUGGCGCUGGACCCCGUGGUGGAGGAGAAGAUCCAGUCCAUCCCGCUGCCGCCCACCACGCACACGCGGCUGCCGGCCGCCAGCAUCAAGAAGCCCCCCGACUCCCCCGCGGGCCCCCCAGCCUGCGAGGAGAAAAAGGAGCCGGACAAGGAGAAGGCGCCCGCCGGCGGCGAGCCGGACCGGAAGAUCAAGGAGGAGAGCGAGGACUCGGCUGAGAAGUUCGAGCCAACGGCGCUGUACCAGUACCUGCGGGAGGAGGACCUGGACGACAGCCCCAGGGGCGGCAUGGACAUCCUCAAGUCCCUGGAGAACACGGUCAGCACGGCCAUCAGCAAGGCGCAGAACGGGGCACCCUCCUGGGGCGGCUACCCCAGCAUCCAUGCGGCCUACCAGCUGCCCGGCACGGUGAAGCCACUGCCACCGGCCGGCCAGAGCCUGCAGGGGCAGCCGUCCUACGCUGGCGGCGCCAAGCCUCUGACCUCGGAGCACGGCACCCUCCUGCACUCCCCAGGCAGCCUCACGCCCCCGCCCCACAAGAGCAACGUGUCGGCCAUGGAGGAGCUGGUGGAGAAGGUCACGGGCAAGGGCAGCGGGAAGAAGGAGGAGAAGGCCGCCGAGAAGGAGAGGGGCGGCCCGGCCAAGUCCACCUCCCCGGUGGCCAAGGAGAACAAGGACUGUCCCAGAGCGGAGGAGGUGGGCAGCAAACAGCCGUCGAGGAAGAGCCCGGAGGCUGAGGUGGGGAAGGCCAAGAGGGAGGGUCCCGGGGAAGGCCACACACCCAACGGCACCGAGCCACUCAAGGUCAAAGUCACCAAUGGCUGCAGCAACCUGGGCAUCAUCACGGACCACUCCCCGGAGACCCCCUUCAUCAACCCGCUGAGCGCGCUGCAGUCCAUCAUGAACACGCACCUGGGCAAGGUCUCCAAGCCCGCCAGCCCCUCGCUGGACCCCCUGGCCAUGCUCUACAAGAUCAGCAACAGCAUGCUUGACAAGCCUGUCUACCCCAGCCUCCCGGGCAAGCCGGCCGACGCCAUCGACCGCUACUACUACGAGAACAGCGACCAGCCCAUCGACCUGACCAAGUCCAAGAGCAGGCCGCUGGCCCCCGGCGCGGCCGACCCCAUGGCGUCCCCCCUGCGGGAGAGCGCGCUGAUGGAUAUCUCCGACAUGGUGAAGAACCUGACCGGCCGUCUGACCCCCAAGUCCUCCACGCCCUCCACCGUGUCGGAGAAGUCGGACGCCGACGGCAGCAGCUUCGAGGAGGCCCUGGACGAGCUGUCGCCGGUGCACAAGCGCAAGGGGCGGCAGUCCAACUGGAACCCCCAGCACCUGCUCAUCCUCCAGGCCCAGUUCGCCUCCAGCCUGCGCGAGACCCCGGAAGGCAAGUACAUCAUGUCGGACCUCGGCCCCCAGGAGCGGGUGCACGUCUCCAAGUUCACCGGUCUCUCCAUGACCACCAUCAGCCACUGGCUGGCCAACGUCAAGUACCAGCUGCGGAGGACCGGGGGCACCAAGUUCCUUAAGAACCUGGACACUGGGCACCCGGUUUUCUUUUGCAACGACUGCGCCUCACAAUUCAGGACUGCGUCGACGUACGUCAGCCACCUGGAGACGCACCUGGGCUUCAGCCUGAAGGAUCUCUCCAAGCUGCCGCUCGGCCAGAUCCAGGACCAGCAGAACGUCUCCAGAGGCCUCGCCAGCAAGGCCCUGGCGCCGCCCGGGCUGGCCGAGGAGGACACGGGCUCCACAUUCCAGUGCAAGCUCUGCAACCGGACCUUUGCGAGCAAGCACGCAGUGAAACUGCACCUCAGCAAGACGCAUGGUAAGUCCCCGGAGGACCACCUCAUCUACGUCACGGAGCUGGACAGGCAAUAGCGUCUGGGGCCGCGCGUGCCCGCGGAGCCCUGCCCCGUCCGCCGCCCACCGCACGAGGCCCGGCCCGAGCCUCUGAAAUCGGCCUCUCCUCGUGGCAGAACUGCCGAUCCGGACCUUGGUUUUUCUUACACGCAUUUUGUAGUUAUAUUUAUAUGCUCUUUGUCUGAUCUGUGCAUGUUAUUUUCCUUUCUCCGUGAGUCAAAGCCUGACCUUUAUUUUCGACAUCUGUUCUUGAUGUUAAGCUAUCUUUUGUAGGGGAAUAGUGGGACCCACUAUUCAGAGACAUUUGUUUAGCAGGAAAGAAAGACACAAAUAACAAUGACAAAAAGACAUCCUAAAAUUACAAAGUUGCCAUGACAAUAAAGGUCAUAGAACCGAGUAGUGUCAAAUUUAACCCUUCGAGGUGAGGACUGUAAUCGCAUUUCUGUGCCUUUCACUCCAAAAAAAAAAAAAAAAAAAGGCUUAAAGGCAUCUCAUUCAGAUCAAAAGCUGUGUCAGACACAAAACUUAUUUAAUAAUUAAAAAAUGAGCUUUUAUAUGCAAAACUGGUUUGUGAAAGAAGCAUGCAUGCAGCUGUUGGAAAUUAGGAAGCUGUCUAGGGCUGCCAGGGGUAGGAAGCCACAUGUUUAAAAUUAAAAAAAAAAAAAAGCAAACCACCUCCACCACCAAAAACACCCCAAUUGCCAGUGCGCCCAGAUCUUCUGGAUGCUGAAAAAUGCCGCACACACACAAAAAAGUAUGCAAGCUAUUAUUUAAAAUGUGUAAAAAUGCUAUUUCCUUUUUUCCUGUAAGAUACUGCAGUUUAUAGUUAUUUACAAAUGUAAGCUUUGGUACAAGCUGACCUUUCUAUAGUACGCUGCAAUGGUAAAUGAAAAAAAAAAUAUGGGGCAAGUGUUGGAGACCUUUUCUUUGUAAAUUGCCAGCAUCAGCUUAAAAACGACUCUCUGUUACAUAUCGUACCAUUUUAAUCUAUUCAACUUUCUUUGUACCUUCUGGCUGUAUGCUUUCUCUUUUAACUUUUUAUAUUGUCAUUUUAUAUUCGAUUUCUGUGUAUAUAAUGUAAAACCACAACUUUUGAAUAAAAUUUAGUUCCUGCAGCUUGAUUUACAUAGAGAAAUUUUACGGGCACCCGCGUCUCUCCGGAUGUAUGUACUUUAAAGAACUAUCAGACGAAAAUAAAUAAAUAAAACAAAGCAAGCAAUGCACUAUUAAUUAUACAUUUUGAUGUUUGGUCAUUACUAUUGUACAUUUUGGUUCACAGAGUUACGUCCACUGUUUUCUCAACUGUAAAAAUAAACCCACACGCAGUUCUUGAUUUA